AUGGGCCUGGAAUACAUAAACGGAAGUCAACUGUGCUCGACCUUGUACAACAUCUCCACCUCCUCACGCAAAGAGUACGGGAUCAAACCCCAGAUAGAAAUGUACGAGGCUCUUCUGAUUAUAGGCGUGACUGGUGUACUAGCCUUCAUGCUGGCCUGGCUCUUCUCACUGUCCAGGAAAUACAUCUACAAGGACGAGGUAAUUAUAUGUCUUAAGCUAGAGGUCAAGGGCGAGGACCAGCUGGACACUGCCUUCGAUGCUGGUGGUAACGUCAACGCCGGUCUCACGGCCACUACCAUCGUCUCACAGUGGACAUGGGCGGCAACUCUACUGCAGUCUUCCACAGUCACAGCUAAGUAUGGCAUUAGUGGAUCAUUUUGGUACGCCGCAGGUGCAACAGUUCAGAUUUUGUUGUUUUCGAUGUUGGCCGUCCAGUUCAAGACGAGGGCACCCGGCGCCAAGACAUUCCUGCAGGUCAUCAGGGCCAGGUUCGGCAGACACACCCACAUCGUCGUCUGCUGUUUUGCUCUGGCCACAAAUGUCAUCGUGACCUCAAUGUUGAUGCUGGGAGGGUCGGCCGUGAUUACGUCACUGGUCAAGUCGAUUGACGUCGAGUUCGCCACGACCCUUAUCGCCGCUGUAGUGGGCAGCUACACCUUCCUGGGGGGCCUCGGGGCCACCUUCUACGUCAGCUACUUCAACCUGGCCAUCAUCUACGUCAUCAUGAUCAUCCUCAUCUUCAAGGUGUACGAGGACGGCAGUGACCUUGACAACCCCCUAGGUAACAUCACAAUCACCUUCCAAUACUUGAGCUGUGUCAAGGGUCCAGAGGGGAACAAAAACUUCAACUAUCUCACUAUUUUGUCAAACGAAGGCCUGAUGUUUGGACUCAUCAAUGUUGUCGGGAAUUUCGGGACGGUUAUUGUUGACCAAUCGUAUUGGCAGUGUGCAGUUGCCGCCAAGCCGAAGCAAGGGGUGGUAGGUUUUAUACUAGGUGGUAUGGCCUGGUUCGCCAUCCCGUUCUCCCUCUCCACCGCAAUGGGACUGGCCUACAUCGCCUUGUCUGCUGAGCAGGGCGGCGCGCUACUGACGGAUGCUGAAGUGAAUGCUGGCCUGGUACCGCCAGCAGUGGCAUAUCGUCUUCUGGGAAAACCCGGAGCUAUUUUCAUCGUUGUGAUCGUCCUAAUGGCUGUGACCUCGACCGGUGCUUCUGAAAUCAUGGCCGUGACGUCAAUCGUUGUCUACGACAUCUACGCAGUCUAUCUGAAGCCUUACCGCCACACCACCGACACCAACAGCUGCAUCCUGUGUGGGAAGGGGAGGGGACGGAUGGCGAACCCCAGGGACAAGUGUAUCUGUGUCAGCAUGACCUACUGCGCCAAGUGUCACCAGGACAACAAGAACAGAUCCGAGUCCCGCCGAGCCAUCAAACCGGACUACAAAUGUAACGUCCACGGUGCGUUUCGAACCUACAACGACUACCUGUCACGGCUCAGUAACUGGACGCUUGUCUGGACGACCAUUGCUAUCAUACCAGUCACAGUGGUGCUCUACAUGAUACAGGCCAGCCUGGGCUGGGUGUACCUGGUGAUGGGGAUCCUGGUGGGCUCAGCUGUCAUCCCCAUCACGCUGUCCAUGUUCUGGCAGAGGCUGACCUCUAUCGGGAUGACGUCAGGGUGUGUAGGUGGCGCCGUCAUCGCCAUCUCGGUCUGGCUGGGCGUGGCAUCCAAGUACGAGGGUGGUCUCAAGAACUGGUGGAAGAGUACAGGUGAUGAGGUGGCGAUGCUGAGUGGAAACGUGGCGGCCAUCGUAUCCGGUGGCGUCAUCACCGUCGUGGUCAGCUACUUCACCAACAGGUACUAUGACGUCAGCAUGGGCUACGAGAUUUGGGAAAACACGCGAGACAUCGACAACCCCUUGACCCCGUGGAUGGAGAAGCACCAAAAAGAAUUGAACCUAUCCCAGAACCGACAGUUAGACAACCGACCAUCUUUAGAGGAAGUCCAGCAGGUCCAUCGUCAGUCUUACGUCAUGGCCUACUCCUUGUCCACCGUCUUCUCUGUCGUCAUCCUCAUCUUGUGGCCGGCACUGAUGGUCAUCGUGGGGGUGAUGACCUUAGAACAGUUCACCUCGUGGGUGCGACUGUCUGAGGUGUGGGCGUGUCUUGCUAUGGUCGUCAUGAUUGUCCUGCCCCUGGUCAACGAGGUGUGGGACGUCUGGUCAGCCUUGACCCAGCGAAAUAAGGUGGGUGACCAGGAAAUGUUCAUCGACGCAGAAAACGAGCGCACAAAACUCUCAACCCCCUCGGUUCCAGACUUCAAGACCGCACGAGGGGUGAAAAAACGAGGCAUCAGCUUCGAGGCGAAUCACCAUGGCAACGAGGACGCGCUGUAUACCAUCACAGACAAUGAAAAUGGUCCAACUUCUCACAGCGUGCGGCUCAGUUCUACGGAAAACGUCAAUGGCUUGCGGAAUUCUGGUCAUGACGUCAUAACCUCCCAUGACGUCAGUGUUUACCAUGACGUCACUUUUGCUCGUGAGAACACCGCCACGACAAGCAGCUCACGCGCAGGGGUUAAUGAAUUCGUCGUUCAACAUCCCAACGCUAACGACUCAUUAAAUAACGUCCAGCACGUUUCAUUAAUUAACGACAUCAACUCAACGCCCUCGUUGCACUCAAUAGCUGACUCAGGAGGGCAACAAUUUAAAGCUGACGUGUACAAAGCGACCAGCCCGCCUGUCACACAGCCGCUCGCGUCUGGCACCGGCCUGUUCAGCGGCGUCCAUGUUAGAACCAGCCCAUUACGUCAUAACCAGACUUUCAGCGACCUGACCCCGGCGUCCGACCUUCGAGAACAUUCGGAGGACCACAGACAUGCGUCCUCCCCGGAAACUACCGAUGCGGACGAUUUGUUGUUUUAG